UUGCGCGCUGGCGGCGGUAGCGGCGGCGUCAGUGCCCGGCGGGGAGCGGGUCCCAGGCCGCCGCCGGAACGGAGGCUCAGGGGGCGUCUGGGAGCUCCCUCGCCGGGCCUGAUGGCGUAGGAAGGACGGGCAGUGAGUGUUGACAUUGAAUGCUUCAGAUCUGGUCGCUAUGGUCCGAGAACGAAAAUGUAUAUUGUGCCACAUUGUUUACAGCUCAAAAAAGGAGAUGGACGAACACAUGCGGAGCAUGUUGCAUCACAGGGAACUUGAGAACUUGAAGGGCAGGGACAGUAGUCAUGAGUGCCGAGUGUGCGGGGUCACAGAAGUGGGUCUCUCUGCAUAUGCAAAGCACAUUUCUGGCCAGUUGCACAAAGAUAAUGUUGAUGCCCAGGAAAGAAAAGAUGGUGGAAAGGAAGACGAAGAAGAAGAUUAUUUUGACAAGGAACUUGUUCAGUUAAUACAGGAAAGAAAAGAACAAAACCGACAAGAUGAGCCUACCAAUAACAGCCAAGAAAUAAACUCAGAUGACAGGCAACCCCAGUGGAGACGAGAAGACCGAAUCCCUUACCAAGACAGAGAGAGCUAUAAUCAGCCAGCAAGGCAUCAUCGUGGACCUCCACCACGGGAUUGGAAAUGGGAAAAGGAUGGCUUUAAUAAUACUAGGAAAAGUAACUUCCCACAUUCUUUGAGGAAUAGUGGUGGGCCAAGAGGGAGUUCUGGGUGGCAUAAAGGUGCUACAAGAGGUUCUUCAACUUGGUUCCAUAGUCAUAGUAAUUCUGGAGGAGGUUGGCAUUCAAACAAUGGAAUGGUAGAUUGGAAUUAUAAUAGCACAGGAAGGAAUUCCAGUUGGCAUUCUGAAGGAACAGGUGGUUUUUCCAGCUGGCACAUGAACAACAGUAACGGAAACUGGAAAUCCAGUGUACGUGGUACAAAUAGUUGGAAUUACAAUGGCCCUGGAGACAAAUUUCAACAAGGAAGAAACAGAAAUUCUAAUUAUCAAAUGGAGGACAUGACCAAGAUGUGGAACAAGAAAUCUAAUAAGCCAAGCAAGUACAAUCAAGAGAGAUAUAAAUGGCAGUGGCAAGACAGUGACAAAGCUGGGAAAUACAGAAGUUCUUCUGAGGGGUUUGCAAGUGAUAAAUUUCCUUCAGAAGGCUUGCUUGAGUUCAGUUUUGAGCAGCGAGAAAGUCAGACCACUAAACAGACAGACGCAGCCUCAAAAGUUAAUGGAAAGAGUGGCAGUGUAGCAAGGGAAAAGUUCCGCCGCUGGACACCUUACCCUUCCCAGAAGACUCCAGACUUACAGUCAGCCCUGAAAGAAGUCAUUGGCAACAAGUCAGAAAUGACAGAUAAGCCUCUCUUUAAUUUUAGCUUAAUAACUGCAGGAAUGCAGGAGCCAGUUGGUAAAACAAGUAAUCCCCCAGUGCUAAAAACACAAAAGGAAAUGCUUCCUGGAUCUCCCAGUCACAAAGCUGUUCCUGAUGGCACUGCUUUCUGUGAGGUGGUGAGAGCUUGCCCCGUUACUGAACAGUCUGAACCACACCGUAAGUCAAAUAAGAUUCCAUUAUUGAAAUCCCCACUCCUUCCAACUCCUAAGUCAGGUCCUCAUAAGCAUAAUUUAAAGGGCCGCUCAAAAAACAGUGAAACACAAUCCCUUUCCUCUGGAGAUCGCUUACAUCUUAUGAAAAAGUCCACUUUGGAAGGCAGCCAUGGUUCUCCCUACACAUCCAAGUCACAUGGUUUGUGUGCUCGUGUUUUAAAGGGAAAUAAAACUGUGUCAAGCAUGGAAAAAGAGCCUGAUGAGAAAUUAAAUGACACAUUACAGAAAGCCCAAGAGGCACUCCAGUGUCCCAGAACACUGCAAAAGCCACUCCUUAGCACAUCCAAAAGGCCCGAGAACCAUGCAAAAGAAAGUAGGAGUGUACAAGAGUCAGCACAAGACUCUGUGGACAUUGAGUUUCAGGCCCAUUCAGCUGAAAAUGAUGGCAUAACAUCUGAUCCAGAAAACCAUGCCAUAAAAAGUGGAGCAGUGGUUUUGGCAACUCCAGAGGCCGAGUCCUGUGGCACUCACACUGUGGAUAAGGAACAAGGGAAUCAGAUCCUGGAGACAUCUGGGGCCCUUUCCACCUCCCCACAUAAUUCCACAGUUCACCAGAAAGAGGCUGAGUUACAGGGGACAGCAGCAGCUGGCCCACACUCUGGCUUACUGCUAGACUUGAAGAGCUCUCUAGAAGAUGUACAGGAUAAUGGUCUUGUCAAACCCCAUGCGCCUUUUGAAACAGAAAGCUUUGAGGGCACUAGUUUGGAUGCAGAGCUUCAAAAAGGCGAUAUCAGUAAUCAACCCCCAGGCACACUCCUGCCUGAACUAAGUAAACUUGGUUUUCCUGCCUCGCUCCAGAGAGAUUUAACCCGGCACAUUAGUUUGAAGAGCAAAACCGGGGCACAUCUCCCAGAGCCAAACCUCAAUAGUGCUCGACGUAUUCGAAAUAUUAGUGGCCACCGAAAGAAUGAGACUGAGAAGGAGUCUGGGCUUAAGCCAACCCUACGACAGAUUCUAAAUGCAUCAAGGAGAAAUGUCAACUGGGAACAGGUCAUUCAACAAGUAACCAAGAAAAAGCAAGAGCUGGGCAAAGGUUUACCCAGGUUCGGCAUAGAAAUGGUGCCUUUGGUUCAGAAUGAACAGGAAGUCUUGGAUUUAGAUGAGGAGCCUGAUCUGUCCAGACUAGAAGGAUUCCAGUGGGAAGGUGUUUCCAUUUCUGCAUCCCCUGGCUUGGCAAGAAAGCGAAGCCUUUCUGAAAGCAGUGUGAUCGUGGACAGGGCUCCUGUGUAUAGCUUAUUUAGUGAGGAAGGUACCGGCAAAGAAAAUGCACCCCAGCAGACUACUUCACCUAGUAACCCAUUGAGUGCUGCUGCCCAGAGUCAAAAGGCAGCCAUGUAUCUUGAACAGGAAGUAGCACCUCUGACUCCCUCUGCCAGAACAGGUGAAAGGGUUGGGAACAUUCCUACCCAAAGGCGACAUAGUACACAGUUACCAUCUGAUCACGUAAUACCUUUCAUGCAUUCGGCCAGAGACCUGCAUAGCCAGGAGAGGUCUACACCAUCAUUGGAGCGCCGUGCCCAGGAGAGCAAUGGAGAAGGAAACUCGCUCUCAUCAAAUGCAUCUUCAGUUCAUGCGGUCUCCAGCUUAGCAGAUGCAGCCACUGACAGUAGCUGUACCUCUGGUGCUGAGCAAAACGAUGGUCACAGUGUUAGAAAGAAGCGAAGAGCCACUGGGGAUGGAUCGUCCCCUGAACUACCAAGUCUGGAGAGAAAAAAUAAAAGAAGGAAAAUUAAAGGAAAGAAAGAACGUUCUCAGGUUGACCAGCUAUUGAAUAUUUCCUUAAGAGAGGAAGAACUGAGCAAGUCACUGCAGUGCAUGGAUAACAACCUCCUGCAGGCCCGGGCGGCCCUGCAGACAGCUUACGUGGAAGUCCAGAGGCUGCUCAUGCUCAAGCAGCAGAUAAGUAUGGAGAUGAGUGCGCUGCGGACUCACAGAAUACAGAUUCUGCAAGGACUACAAGAAACAUAUGAACCUUCUGAGCACCCAGACCAGGCUCCCUGUAGCCUCACAGCACGAGAACAAAGGAACAGCCGAUCCCAGACCUCUGUUGAGACCACACUGCUGCCUGCUCCCUUUUUCCCUGGGUUUCUGGAGCCACCUCCUUCCCUUGUGUCUCCAUCAUCCAUUGGAACCCCUCUCCAGAUAACCACAUCUUCUUUCCAAGUCCAUGGUACUGUUCCUGAUUCGUCAGUUCAGAUUAAACAAGAGCCCAUGUCUCCUGAACAAGUGGGGAAUAUGAAUGCCGUGCCUCAAGGCUCUGCUUCCAAUGUGUCCAAGGAAUUACUGCAAAGUAAUAGAAUGGCCAGUGACAACCGUCCAGUUAACCCAGCCCUUCCUGCAGUGUUAACAUCAGGGUCAACAGAAAGUUGCCAGGAGGCUAGCCAGGAUCAGAAUUGUUCCGUGGAGCAAGGAAGUUCAAGAGACAAAGAGAACUCUCCCUCCUCCCAGCCUUGUGAUCUUCCUGACAUAAACAAAGGUGAAGAGUCUGCCAAAGGCAGCAGUGGAUCUGAAGCCUGCAGCAGUUCUUUUCUAAGGCUGCCUUUUACUCCUGAAACCCCUGUGGAGAAGGAAACUCACUCUCCGCCCGAGCAGCAGGCAGAGUCCACGCUGGCAUCAGCUGAAACUAGAGGGAGCAAGAAGAAGAAGAAACUUCGGAAGAAGAGGUCGCUUCGGGCCACCCAUGUUCCUGAGAACAGUGACACCGAACAGGAUGUGUUUACUGCUAAGCCUGCAAGAAAGGUAAAGACUGGAAAGGUAGCUAAAGGGGGGAAAGUAACGACCUCCACCUGGGAAGACAGCAGAACUGGUCAGGAGCAUGAAACUGUCAGAGAUGAACCAGACAGUGAGUCCUCCCUGGAAGUCCUGGAAGUUCCAAAUCCUCAGUUAGAAGUCGUUGCCAUUGAUUCUUCUGAAUCUGGAGAAGAGAAACCAGACAGCCCAUCGAAGAAGGAUAGCUGGAGCUCUGCAGAACAAAACCCAGCAGAAGCUUCUCGUUCUGGGUGUGACGAAGUUAGCUCUACCAGUGAGAUUGGCACCCGCUACAAGGAUGGCAUUCCCGUCAGUGUGGCAGAAACCCAGACAGUAAUCUCCUCCAUAAAAGCAUCAAAGAACUCUUCAGAACUGUCAUCAGAGCCAGGAGAUGAUGACGAGCCUACAGAAGGAAGCUUUGAGGGACACCAAGCUGCUGUGAAUGCGAUUCAAAUAUUUGGAAACUUACUGUAUACUUGUUCAGCUGACACAACUGUUCGAGUUUAUAAUUUGGUGAGUCGGAAGUGCAUUGGUGUCUUUGAGGGCCAUACUUCCAAAGUGAACUGCCUACUUGUCACUCACACCUCUGGGAAGAACUCUGUCCUUUACACUGGUUCCAGUGACCACACCAUUCGCUGCUAUAACGCCAAGACCCGAGAAUGUAUGGAACAGUUAAAGCUGGAAGACCGUGUUCUCUGCCUUCAUAACAGAUGGCGAAUCCUCUAUGCUGGACUGGCAAAUGGCACUGUGGUCACCUUCAACAUAAAGAAUAACAAGCAACAGGAGAUCUUUGAAUGCCACGGCCCUCGGGCAGUCAGUUGUCUUGCCACAGCUCAGGAAGGUGCCCGAAAACUGCUGGUUGUAGGAUCUUAUGACUGUACCAUUAGUGUCCGUGAUGCACGGAAUGGACUGUUGCUCAGAACCCUGGAGGGCCACAGCAAGACCGUCCUUUGCAUGAAGGUGGUGAACGACCUUGUGUUCAGUGGCUCUAGUGACCAGUCGGUCCAUGCUCACAACAUACAUACUGGUGAGCUUGUACGCAUCUAUAAAGGUCAUAAUCAUGCAGUGACUGUUGUGAAUAUCCUGGGGAAAGUGAUGGUGACUGCUUGCCUGGACAAGUUUGUUCGAGUCUACGAAUUGCAGUCCCAUGAUCGACUGCAAGUUUAUGGAGGACACAAGGACAUGAUCAUGUGUAUGACCAUCCAUAAAAGUGUGAUUUACACUGGUUGUUAUGAUGGAAGCAUCCAGGCUGUGCGGCUGAAUCUGAUGCAGAAUUACCGCUGUUGGUGGCAUGGCUGCACUCUGAUAUUUGGUGUUGUGGAUCACUUAAAACAACAUCUGCUGACUGACCACACUAAUCCGAACUUUCAGACGCUGAAGUGUCGCUGGAAGAAUUGUGAUGCUUUUUUCACUGCUAGGAAAGGAUCCAAGCAGGACGUUGCAGGACAUGUUGAACGACAUGCUGAAGAUGACAGCAAAAUGGAUUCGUGAAGUUUUUUGCCUCCCAUGUUGGGAAGUCAUUCAAAAACUGUUUUCACAUUGGCCCUUCACAUAGGUCCCUCUGUCCUUCUCCAGUGAAGCUGGGAAGGAGAAAGUGGUUCACAGCAAAGUCUGGGCAGUCUGUGAGAUGAUAGGUUACAUGCAAUUGAAGUCUGCGCUGGAGCGUGUAAGGGUGACGUUUAAGCACAUUCUAAGGAACCGUACACUUCUGGGAGAAAUGACAUACAGUUAUUUAUGCUACUAGACUAUUGGUGUUUAUUAAAGAUUCAGAUUUUAAUUGAUUACCCAGUUUAAACCUAAUCAUACACAUAUUUUAUUGAUUCAGUUUGCGAUUUAUGCUUUAUGUUCUUAUGAUGGCUUAUGGUAGAUUUUUCAGGAUCAGUUUUAAUUCCUACUUUUGAAAUAACUGGGUAUUUAAAUUUGAAGCAAAUUGUUUUCUUUUUAAAUAAUUAUGUGUAGUGUUUCGCUGUUACAUGCUCUGUAGAUGGACAAAGCUGGCUGUAGGUGCUAAAGGAAACACGGUCGAGUCCUGAGAAACAGCCGGGCUUGUCUGCUUUCUGUAUUUUAGACAUCAGACAAGUUCCAGGAUGGGAAGUCCCUGAAGACAGCAUUUCCCAGUAAACCACUCCAGAGUGCUCGAUGUGGCGCCUCCCUUCGCUGGGCGUGAACAGCAGGGCUGCCUUUAUCCCCUUUCCAGCUUCUGGCUCUCCAAGUCUCUUGGCGCCCGCCUUCUGGGUUGCUCCAUUGCCUGCCCCUGUCUCUUAUUGUCUUGCUGUGCCUAGAGCAGUGGCACAGGAGGCUCACAGGGCACUUUGAGACCACCUGCAGCACCUUAGAUAGGAGAGCAGGAAAAUGCAUCUGGAUUCAGUUGACAAGGCAUCAGGCAGGCCUUAAGAGAGCCAGUGUCUGCCUUCACAUUCAUGUCAGCUGAGGAAGUGGAGUGUGGUGACAGGAAAGGCAACCAUUGGGAGCACCUAUGUCAUAUGCCUUAACAGGAUUGCUUUGUGCUUGGAUUUUCUCAAGACUUGUAUGUAAAGCUAAACAAGUGCUCCUUUCUAAUCUUUUGUUUCUGGAUUCGCAAAACUCAAGUUCUUGAGAGAGAGAGAGAGUACCCUCAUGCCACAUCCUAAUUUCAGGUUUGAUGCUUUCUGGAACUAGGACUGCAGCCUCUGUUUUGUUUUGUUUUGUUUUUUACCUGGCCGGAUCACACCCACACCGGCUCUAGGGCAGGGCAACUCCGCCAGGGAUUGAUGGAUGGGCUGCAAGCUGGUCUAUGAGUCCUCUGAAAUUGCGUGGAAGACUAAGUAUUUUUUCCCCAGGAAUGGUUCCAGUAGUACUUGCUGGAUCCAGAAAAUGUUAAGAACAAAUCUAGGGCUAAUACUAGCUCAUGAGUGACUCACAAGUAAGUUCACAUGUGGCCUAGAUGUGAAGAGAACCAUGUGUGAUGCUGAGAUCUUAUUGACAAAGCAUAUUUAUGCUAUUCCUGUAUAAUAUUAAAGUCCUUUCCACCUCUCAUCUCCACUUCCUGUAGGGCUUACCAGAGGAACCACACUUCUGUGAGUCUGGGAAGCAAUUUCUUAGGGAAGUUCGCUUGGGUGUAUUGCAAAACCUGCAUCGUUCUCUGACUACAGCAUCUCCCAGUUCCCAUGUUGGCAGGGCAGUGUCCUGAGGAAGCUGUUUCCCUGUGGGAAGGGAUGAGAGCAGCAGGGAGGAAGAAUGCAAGGUGUUAACCAGUGGUGAGGAUGCUUGAGGGUGUGAGGGCAGGCAGUCCAGCAGGAUUAGCAGAACUGUGAUCUGAGUUUCCCUUGGUAGCAUUGUGUGCCCGUGUCUGCCUGCGCGGGCGUGCACCUGCACGGUGUUUCCUCAUUCACAGUGUUUCUUUGAAGCAGUGUGAUGAUCUCAAGAAUGGCUGGAGUAGUUUUCCAGCAUCAGGUCACUGUUCUCCGGGUUGAGCCAUCUCUGUUGUGCUGAGAAUGAAGAACCCUGAGUUUCUUGGCUCCUCAACAGUGGCUGCUUAUAGGAGACAGAACUGUGGAAUCUUCUUAAGUUGUUCACUGUGUCUAUCAUUCAUGAUCAGCCUCCAGGUCCCCUCAGAAGGGGCAACUCGGGUAUGUGCUGACUUUUGUUUGGAAAUUUGAUAAAGAAAGGAAAAAUGACCUGCCAAAUUUCUUAUGAGUACUUGCAGGUUGUUUUUAAUGGUUUUGGAUUUUUUAUGCCUAGUCCAGCAGCUCAAAGCAAAAAAAAUUUUUUAAAGAUCUUUUUGUGUUUACAGUGACAGUUUUAAUAAAAUGCCACACUUCCAGGUUUUUUUUUUUUUAAGUUUUCACGUAGGUUCAAAACACAUUUUGGCAUACACUGCUCAACUGUAAACAGUGCAAAUUAAAAAAGCAAAAAUUGUCAUCCUGACAUUACCUAAGUUUGAGAAGUCAUUAUUUAGCAUUACACUUGUUGCUUUUAUGAAGAAAAUGUUUUGUUCAGGAGAGUUAGCAGUUGAAAAUUUGAAUUCAUGAACUACAUAGAAUCCAAGCCAAUACUUUCAUGAUUGAAGUGAUUGUUGCCAACAAAGGUUUUGUCUUUUUAUGGUAGAUUUAUCUAUGGGACAAUUUCAGUGCAUGGCAUGUUGCUGAGUUGCUGGGUGUAGGUGUAGACUUACAAGAAUGACACAGUAAUUUAUGGAAGAUAAUUAAUUGAAAAGGAAAUUGAAGUAUAUUGUGAAGAUUUGAACAACACCUACUUGUGGUUUGGUUAAAUAGCUGCAAUUUGCAUAUGCUUGCUUAGCAAAUUUGUUCCUGUUGUUUCAAGGAGAGUUUUAGAAUUACUAUAAGGCUGUACUUGCUACACUUACAGGGUGGUUUCAUUCCUGUGCUGUCAUUGAGAACCUUGGGUUUGAGGGAGGUGGCCUAUAGGUAGGAAAGAGGAAAUUGUGGUGGGCCUGCAUAGGGUUACACUCUUCAUAUGCAGAUGUGUGUGAAACCCUGUGUAAAUAACCCACCACUUACCACACAAUAGCCUUGUCUUCUCCUCCAACCCCCAAGGACCCAGAAGUAGCCCGGUGCUGGCAGAGGGUGGAGAAGGAAAGGCUGUGGGGAGGGGAGUGGAUGCCCAGAGCUGCCCAGCCCCUUGGUUUCUUACUGUAUUUCAAUAUUAAAUAUGGAUUAGAAGAAAUGUCAGAUGACAUUUGACUGCAAAGAUAUUUCUAAACAGCCUUCUUACAUUUUGGUAUAAAAGCUGUGAACUUCAUAACUUUGUAAGCAAGAUAUAAAGCAAAUACAAGAAGAAAAUAAAGUACUUUUACUAAGUGUU